AUGCCAUACAGUGAGUACUCUAAGUACGCCCAAGUAUACGGAGUAUCCAGCACCGUAUUUACUGUAGUUUGCCCAACAGCGAGACCCGCACGGGCCAACGGCAACCGGGCCCACCCCUUCCGCGCGCUGUUGCGAUUCGGGGAUUAUGUCGGAGCAUCACAAAAAGUUCUCGCCAACUUCCUCCAUCCGCCAUUCCAGGGGCCUCCAUCACCGCCAUCUACCCACUCCGCACCACUCAUUUUCCGCACGCCCGCGGGUGCAGCAAGCAGAGAGCCCAUCCCCCCCAUUCACCCCGUUGAUUGCGGCCUUGCUCCUCCUCUCACUCGUCACCGCCGCCCCGUUCGUCGUCGAGCGGAUCGCCCACGACGCAAACAGGGACCCGACAACAAGGCGAUGCCCUUGGCCUCCCAGCUCUCCUCGACCUCCUCCUUCCCCUCCGCCGAAUCAGCAGAGAGUACGCCGUCCUCGGCGGUGUCGACGACAUCCCCUCCGGGCGCUGGCCUCGCCCUCGACGACGUCGUCGCCCUCGCGCCGGAUCCAGCGGCCCCUCGCCAUGCUCCCAGGCGGCCGCACGUCCUGCCGGAAUCCAACGAUCCGGCUCGUAUCAUGAAGCCCGAUGAUAUCCAGGUCGAGGACCGGCCGCCCUACCUCCACUCGAUGAUCGCCGGCGGCAUCGGAGGCUCGACGGGUGAUUUGCUCAUGCACUCCUUGGAUACCGUCAAGACGCGGCAGCAAGGCGAUCCGAACAUACCCACGAGGUACCCUUCUCUCGGGCAGUCGUACUACACAAUAUGGAGGCAGGAAGGCAUCAGGAGAGGCCUGUACGGAGGCUGGAUACCUGCCUUGUCGGGCUCAUUCCCCGGCACCGUCCUCUUCUUUGGCACGUACGAGUGGAGCAAGAGAUUCCUCAUCGACCAUGGCUUGCAACAUCAUCUCGCCUAUCUGUCUGCCGGCUUCCUCGGCGACCUCGCCGCUUCCGUCGUCUACGUUCCGUCCGAGGUGCUCAAGACUCGUCUCCAGCUCCAGGGCCGCUACAACAACCCGCACUUCCGCUCCGGCUACAACUACCGCGGCACCGUCGACGCCGCCCGCACCAUCGUCCGCACCGAGGGCGCCUCGGCCCUCUUCUACGGCUACAAGGCCACCCUCUACCGAGACCUGCCCUUCUCGGCCCUUCAGUUCAUGUUCUGGGAGCAGUUCCACGCCUGGGCGAGAACGUACAAGCAGAGCCGCGAGAUAGGCGUGCCGCUCGAGCUGCUGACGGGCGCCGCCGCCGGUGGCCUGGCCGGCAUCAUCACGUGCCCGCUCGACGUGGUCAAGACGCGGCUUCAGACCCAGGUCAAUCCGCCGGCGGAGCAGGCGAACCGCAGCAAGGAGGUGAACGCGCAGAAGCGCCACAUAUCGACCUCGUCGCCGAGCACGCACCGCCCCAAACCGGGCGCCAUCGCCCUCGAGACGUCAUCCGUCACCACCGGGCUCAAGGUCAUCUACCGCACCGAAGGGCUCGCCGGCUGGUUUCGCGGUGUCGGCCCCCGUGGCGUUUGGACCUUUAUCCAGAGCGGCUGCAUGCUCUUCCUGUACCAAAGGCUGCUGCACCAGCUGGAGCUGCUCUCGCCGCCCGACAAGGAUCAUCUGUAA